AUGCAGCUCGAAGGAUGGAUGCUCGUUCCAAUAUUCUCGGCAAUUCUGCUGAGUUUUUCUCUUGCUUCUCAUGCCAAUCCGGUCGAGAUAGAAAGGUUCUACGAGUUUAAUAUCACAAGAUCGCAAGUUACUAGACUCUGCAGUACGAAGAACAUCGUUAACGUCAAUGGACAGUUUCCGGGGCCCGAGAUUCACCUCGAUGAAGGAGACAUGCUCGUUGUCAAGGUCAAUAACCAGGUCCCGGAGAACAUCACACUCCACUGGCAUGGAGUUUUCCAGAAUCGAACUGGCUGGUACGACGGCCCUGCUUAUGUCACGCAGUGUCCAAUCCAAUCUGGAAGCUCCUACACGUACAAAUUCGUGAUAAAAAACCAGCGAGGAACUCUUUGGUGGCAUGCUCACAUUCGGUGGAUGAGGGCCACAGUCUAUGGUGCGCUGAUUAUCCACCCAAGGCCUGGAUCGAGCUUUCCAUUCCCAGCACCAGACGCUGAAGUACCAAUCCUCCUAGGUGAAUGGUGGCAAUCGGACGUCCAAGCCGUCUUGAAUCAAGCUUUAGCAUCCGGCGGUGGUCCAAACGUCUCGGAUGCUUUUACCAUCAAUGGCCUCCCCGGGCCUCUCUACAAUUGCUCUGGAAACGAUGUAUACGCACUCGAUGUGGAGCAAGGGAAAACGUACCUCCUACGUAUCAUAAAUGCUGCGAUGAACACCGAUCUCUUCUUCGGCAUCGCCAAUCACAAGUUGACGGUGGUGGAAGCCGAUGCCUCGUAUCAACAGCCUUUUGAAACCGACUAUAUCGUCAUCACUCCCGGACAGACGACAAACGUACUCUUCACCGCGGAUCAAACUCCCGGCCAGUACUUCAUGGCGGCCUCGGCCUACGCAGCCGCAGUCCCCCAGAAUCCAUUCGACAACACGACCACCGCCGGGAUCAUCAGAUACAAAUCGUCUCCUUCGUCUUUCUUCUCGGGGCUGCCAAGGCUCCCUGCGUUUAACGACACGAGAAAGGUGGUGAGCUUCAACAGCAAGCUCAGAGGCUUACUAACCGAGGAGCUCCCAACAGUACCCGUGAAAGUCGACCGGCACUUGUUCUUCACCGUGGGACUCAACCGUGAGGAUUGUCCGAGGGGAGCUCCAAACUCGAGCUGCCAAGGAAAUGGGGGAAGAUUUGCCGCGUCCAUCAACAACAUCACUUACGUCUCGCCGAGAAGCUCCAUUCUCGGUGCUUACUACACCAACAAGCUGAUGAACGUCUUCACCAAGGAUUUCUCGACCAAGCCGCCGGUUAAGUUCGACUACACUGGAAGGCCACUGAGGAACUUAAACUCGAAGAACGGGACGAAAGCUCGGAUCAUACCUUACGGCAGUAGCGUGCAGAUAAUUCUCCAGGGGACGAGCCUUGUCAACGCUGAAAGCCAUCCAAUUCAUCUCCACGGCUAUGACUUCUUCAUCGUCGGCCAAGGCUUUGGAAACUACAAGAAAAAGUACCAAGCCAACUUCAACCUGGUGGAUCCUCCUCUUCGAAACACCAUCUCGGUUCCUCUCAAAGGUUGGGCAGCUAUAAGAUUGAUAGCAAACAAUCCAGGAGUGUGGUUUAUGCAUUGUCACUUAGAUAUCCACACUACUUGGGGAUUGGACACUGUUCUCAUCGUCGAGAACGGCGAGGGACCUUUGCAAUCGAUCCAGGCACCCCCACCGGAUUAUCCACGCUGCUAAAGAGUUACCACACACAUUCUCCCAUCCGAUUUUUCUUGUUAAGUUUGCUUUGGACCCUCAAGCACAGAAACAAAGAUUGUCAA